AUGGCGUCAGUCACCGCCGUCGCGGGCGCCCCCGUCGCGGGCCCCGCCUCCCUUCGCCGUCGCCAUCGUGGCGCCGCCGCACUUCGCCUGGCGCCGCGCCCGGUCGCGUCCCAGCGCCGCGGAAUGAGCGUGCGCGCCAUGGGCAGCUCCUUCGGCCGCAUGUUCCGCGUCACCACCUUCGGCGAGUCCCACGGCGGCGGCGUCGGCUGCGUCGUAGACGGCGUUCCCCCGAAGCUCGAGCUCACGCGCGAGGAGCUCCAGUUCGAGCUCGACCGACGCCGACCCGGGCAGUCCCGCAUCACCACCCCGCGCAACGAGGAGGACUCCUGCGAGAUCCUCUCCGGCGUCGGCCUCGACGGGAUCACCCUCGGCACCCCCAUCGCCGUCCUCGUCCGCAACAAGGAUCACCGAUCGCAAGAUUACGGCGAGAUCGCGGUGGCUUACCGACCGUCCCACGCGGAUGCCACCUACGACAUGAAGUACGGGGUGCGCGCCAUCGCCGGCGGCGGGCGUUCAUCCGCGCGCGAGACGAUCGGGCGCGUCGCCGCGGGCGCCAUCGCCAAGAAGAUCCUCAAGCAAAUCGCCGGAACCGAGAUUCUCGCGUACGUGUCGCAAGUGAAGGACGUCGUCGCGACCGGGGUGGACCACGAGACGUUCACCAUGGACGACGUGGAGGCGAACAUCGCGCGAUGCCCGGACGCCGCGAGCGCGGAGCGCAUGAUCGAGGCGAUCGAUAAGGUGCGCGUGAAGGGCGACUCGUGCGGUGGAGUCGUCACCUGCGUCGUGAGGGGUUGCCCCCGGGGCCUGGGCGCUCCGGUGUUUGACAAGCUCGAGGCGGACCUCGCCAAGGCGAUGCUCUCGCUGCCCGCGACGAAGGGUUUCGAGAUUGGCAGCGGGUUUGAGGGCGUGAACACCACGGGUAGCGAGCACAACGACGAGUUUUACAUGGACCCGAAGACGGGUAUUCGCACCAGGACCAACCGCAGCGGCGGGAUCCAGGGCGGGAUCUCCAACGGCGAGAUUGUCGAGCUCAAGAUUGCGUUCAAGCCAACGAGCACCAUCACCCAGCCUCAGAACACCGUGAACAGGGACGGCGUGGACGUCGAGCUCAAGGCGAAGGGCAGGCACGAUCCCUGCGUCGUGCCCAGGGCGGUGCCCAUGGUGGAGAGCAUGGUUGCCCUCGUCCUCGUGGACCACCUGAUGAUGCAGUACGCGCAGUGCAACCUGCUGGAACGGGAGGACUACAGCAACCUGGUCAUGGGUAACAUGAAAACCCUGUACGACCCGGCGUUCAUCGGGGGUGACGGAAAGAGCGGGGGUGAGAUGUCCACCAAGGACAUGUCCGCCGCCUUCUCCGAGGAUUAAACACGGGUGCGAGGAUUCCUCAAGAAAUUUUUAUCAUCACUGCGUUGACCAGC